AUGAAAUUUACAGAAGAACAUACAAAAAGAUUAAUAUCUUUAAGAAAGAACGCAGAUUAUUUAAAAAAGUUUGCAAAGCAUAAAGGCAAUUCAUAUGAACUUAAUAAGUUGUGGUAUGAAAUUGCUAAUGAACUCGGUACUGAAUUUUCUUCAUCAGAUGUAAAGUCAAAGUUUAAUAAUCUUUUGAAGGUUUAUAUAGAAAAGAAAAAGCAAGCUUCUAAGAGUGGUGAAGGUAGAGUUAAAUGGAAGUUCUUCGAAUAUUUUAACUCUUCAAUUCUAGAAGAAUCAGUAAAAUUGAUUUCUGAUUCAUGUAAAGAGUCAACUAAAGAAAGUUUAAAAAUGAUUUUUUAG